UUCCAGUUGGGGGCCACGCUGGGCGGCUCAAGUCGAGCGAUCGAGGUCACACCCUUUCCAGAAAUUCUUGGCUGGUAACCUCAGCGGGGGGAGCAUGAGCUGGGAGAACUGGAGAAAAACACUCUAAUCUGACUUGACUCUUGCUGGGAGCCGAAACCAUCUCACAGCAACAUUUGCAAAGCGUUCACAGAGGUACUACCCAUCUGAUGUGAGCUCCGCUUUGUUAGUUUCUGGGGUUGUUCAUCUCAGAUUUCUCCAGAAUUGAGCCUUUUGCUGGACCCAUGCCCCAGCCUAUGCCCCCAUGACCAAGUGGAUAGCACCCUUCAUGCCUGAGACCCAGAACCCUGGCUGACUACAUCGAGGCAAGAUGCUCCAGCAGGUGAGAAAAAUUGAACCACAAAAAGAUGAAGAACUUUACACAAAGUUACAUAAUUAGUGAGUGGUACAAUGAGGAUUCAAACCCAGGUCAAUGGCCACGGUUCAGGCUCUGAUGCCUAUGGUAGGCAAUCCCUCAGAGAAGAGCUGCAGGAGUUCUUGGAUGGGGAGGCCCCACUGCACCAGCUAGAUGACCUCACCAAGGUGAAUCCUGUUACACUGGAGACAGUCCUGAGGUGUCUGCAGGCCCGGUACACAGCAGACACGUUCUACACCAAUGCUGGCUGCACCCUGGUGGCUCUGAACCCCUUCAAGCCUGUCCCUCAGCUCUACUCACCAGAGCUGAUGAGAGAAUACCACACUGCUCCUCAGCCCCAGAAACUGAAGCCCCACAUCUUCACUGUGGGUGAACAGACCUAUAGGAAUGUCAAGAGCCUGAUCGAGCCAGUCAACCAGUCUAUUGUUGUCAGUGGAGAAAGUGGUGCUGGGAAGACAUGGACGUCCCGCUGCCUGAUGAAAUUCUACGCCGUGGUAGCCACCUCAUCCACAUCCUGGGAGAGCCACAAGAUUGCAGAAAGGAUUGAACAGCGAAUCUUGAACUCUAACCCUGUCAUGGAAGCUUUUGGGAAUGCGUGUACACUGAGGAAUAGCAACAGCAGUCGCUUUGGGAAGUUCAUCCAGCUCCAGCUGAACAGGGCCCAGCAGAUGACUGGAGCUGCAGUCCAGACCUACCUCCUAGAGAAAACUCGAGUGGCCUGCCAGGCCUCCAGAGAGAGGAACUUCCACAUCUUCUACCAGAUCUACAAAGGAGCCAGCGCAGAUGAGAGGCUCCAGUGGUACCUCCCCGAGGGAGCAGCCUUCUCCUGGCUACCCAACUCAGAGAGGACCUUGGAAGAGGAUUGUUUCGAGGUGACCAGAGAGGCCAUGCUUCAUUUGGGCAUCGACACCCCCACCCAGAACAACAUCUUUAAGGUCCUAGCGGGACUGCUGCACCUUGGCAACAUCCACUUUGCUGACUCUGAUGACGAAGCCCAGCCCUGCCAGCUGAUGGACAGUGCUGAGGGCUCUGUCAGGAUAUCCUCCUCGCUGUUGCUGCUCGCAGAAGACCCACUCGUGGAGACACUACGGAUUAGAACCAUCCGGGCGGGUAGGCAACAGCAAGUGUUCCGGAAGCCCUGCUCACAAGUUGAGUGUGACACCCGCAGAGACUGUCUAGCCAAACUGGUCUAUGCACGGCUAUUCGACUGGCUGGUAUCAGUGAUCAACAGCAGCAUCUGCGCGGACCCCGACUCCUGGGCCACUUUCAUAGGCCUGCUGGAUGUAUACGGAUUUGAGUCCUUUCCCGACAACAGUCUGGAACAAUUGUGCAUCAACUACGCCAACGAGAAGCUGCAGCAACACUUUGUGGCUCAUUACCUACGGGCUCAGCAGGAAGAAUACGCCAUUGAGGGCCUGGAGUGGUCAUUUGUCAGCUAUCAGGACAACCAGAACUGUUUGGAUCUCAUUGAGGGGAGCCCCAUCAGCAUCUGCUCCCUCAUAAAUGAGGAGUGCCGCCUUAAUCGGCCGAGCAGUGCCGCCCAGCUCCAGACGCGCAUAGAGAGCACCCUGGCCAGUAACCCCUGCCUGCGCCACAACAGGCUCAGCCGGGAGCCCAGCUUCACCGUGGUGCACUAUGCGGGCCCUGUGCAGUACCACACCGCAGGCCUGGUGGAGAAGAACAAGGACCCUGUGCCACCUGAGCUGACUAGGCUCCUGCAGCAGUCCCAGGACCCCCUGCUCAAGGUGCUGUUUCCUGUUGACCCCAAAGAGAAGUCCCAGGAAGAGCCUUCUGGCCAGAGCAGGGCCCCUGUGCUAACUGUGGUGUCCAAGUUCAAGGCCUCCCUGGAGCAGCUUUUACAGGUCCUGCAGAGCACCACGCCCCACUACAUUCGCUGUAUCAAGCCCAACAGCCAGGGCCAGGCACACACCUUCCUCCGGGAGGAGGUCCUAAGCCAGCUGGAGGCCUGUGGCCUCGUGGAGACCAUCCACAUCAGUGCUGCUGGCUUCCCCAUCCGGGUCUCUCACCGGAACUUUGUGGAACGCUACGAAUUACUGAGAAGGCUCCGUCCUCGCAGAUCCCUUGGCCCCCACAACCCAUCUGAUGAAGGGCACUCAGAACAUUCCCUACAGGCUGAGGACGCCACACUGCAACCUCGCCUCAGGGACAUCCUUGACACUCUGUCAGCUCUAAUUCAAGCAACAGCCAUACCGGGUGACCCCGCAGAAGCCAUGCCAGCCCCCGUGCACUGUGGCAGGACCAAGGUGUUCAUGACUGACUCUAUGCUGGAGCUUCUAGAACACAGGCGUGCCCAGGUGCUGGAGCAGUGUGCCCGCUGCAUCCAGGGUGGCUGGAGGCGACACAAGCAACGCAAGCAGGAACGGCAGAGGCGGGCUGCCACACUCAUCCAGGCAGCCCUCCGCUCCUGGUUAACUCGGAAGCACAUCCAGAGGCUGCACACAGCCGCCACGGCCAUCCAGCGUGCAUGGCAGCGGUGGAGAGUCAAAAUGGCCCUCCUUGCUUCUAAAGAACUGGACGGUGUGGAAGAAAAACACUUGUCUCAAGCUCCCCAUUCCCCAAGUUCCUUCCUGCUGCCUCAGGCACAGACCAAGCUCCUGGGGGCAAUAAUCCGCCUGUGGCCCCUGGGGCUGGUCCUGGCCAACGCAGCUGUGGGGGUUCAAGGCUUUCAGAGGAAACUGGUGGCCUACGCCUGCCUCCAGCUUCCCCCGCGCAGCCCCAGUAACCACACCAUCCAGACAGCACAAGAACAAGCUGGUGUCACAUCCAUCCGAGCGCUGCCUCAGGGCUCGAUAAAGUUUCACUGCAAAAAGUCUCCCCUGCGCUACGCUGAUAUCUGCCCUGAACCCGCGCCCUACAGUGUUGCCGGCUUUAAUCAGAUUCUGCUGGAAAGACACAAGCUGGGCCACGUGUGAUCUCUCACCUUCUCUCCUCUCUGGGCUGAGUGAUCCUUGGUGCCAUUGUCUCUACAAGGGCUUCCCCUGCCAGCUUCCUUGCCAAAGACACUGAAUCAACACACAGCUGCCAAACUCCUCCCACAGCGACUCCAGGCACCGGGAGGACGGCUCCUGCCUGCCGGCCAGGGCUGCAGCCCAACACACAUCUCCAGUGCUGGUGUCAGGGUUGGGAGCGACCAGACCAGGGUUAAGAGAUGCCAGAGAACGUCACCUCUCACUGCCUGCACAACUCAGAGGACUAAGUGCUGCCUAUCACUACAAUGGGGUACCCCCAACCCAAACACAAAGGCAAAAUCAGCUCUAAGAGUCUGGCUGGGGGAAAUUUUGCAUUUAGUUCCUUAGAAAGGAACCAAACCUUACUAUUUAAUAUGUUGAUUUAUUUAAUGUAAUUUCAAGCAAAUUAAAAGCCAAGGGUAAUUAAGGUGCACUGUACUAGAGAACUACCAAAGCUUGAUUUUAUUUAGUAACACAGCAAGUUUUAACUCAGAUGUGAAACUUGCUAAAUGAUAUCAUUUAUGAUGUGUACCUUAAUUGUACCAAAAAUAAAAUAUUUGAAAGCAACCACUCAAAUGUCAAGUUUUCGCUCAGUUUGCCAACAUGCAUACCCCCAUCUCUACCUGAAAUCCAAGCCCAGCAUCGAAGGAGGUGAAGCACGGCCUGUCCGCCGCCAGAAAGGUGCAUCCUGGAAAUGCCGAUCCUUGCUUAGGCCCCACAACAGCUGGUCUCCUGGGCAAAGGAGCCAGAAGUCUGGCACAUGCCUGAGCAGCAGCGCA